AUGCCGAAUCCAAACAACCCCCUCGGUCUCGACCUCGACACCAUGUACGAGCCAACAGACGUGGAAGAACAAGUGUUUGAUCUCCUAGCAGCCUACCUCCCUGCACACUCAAAAAUCACGCCCCAGAAAGCAGCUAAAAAGGCGCACUCUUUCUUCCCUCAUCACUGUUUAGGAGAGGAUGACGAUUACUAUCCUCGCCAAUUCCUGUGCGAAUUCUGGGAGGUUAUGUUCCGGAUUGCGCCGCAGUUAGAGUACCAGGGAAAACCCAUGCAGCGCUACAUUUCUCUACAUAAGGCUCUGCAAGAAUUGCCUGAGAUUUUUAUACAGGGUCGGUAUCGGGUAUGGCAGGAUAGGCCUUACUUUGGUAUGGAGUUACAUGAGAGAUGGAGUCAAAUGGGGAGUGGCACCAAAGUAACCGACCCAGCACACCGAUCAUGGAGAAACAUGAACGGGCUAUUAAUACACUUCCACAACGAAGGUAUCUCCGACGGCGCAUACCACGCCCUGACCUGCAUCUGGAGGCAUCUGGAGGACGAUGACCGACACAGGAACACCCGAACCAAGUACAUUAACGUGUAUCCUCCAGUUGCUGCAUUGUGGUUCAUUCACUGCAGUCCCCGGCUUUACGAGGCAUGCCGGAACCAGGAGUACCGUGACAGGAUACCCGGGGGGAGGCUUUGGAAGGGAGAAGCUGGAUAUAAUAUCCCGAGGUGGGGAUUCUGGAGGAGUCGGUUUGAAGAGUUGAAAAGGAGCCAUUUGGCGACGGAGGAGACGAUCAGAGCUUGUAAGGCUGCUUUGAAUGGGAUGGAUGCUGUCUCCAAGCCAGUUGAUUCAUAG